CCGUCUCUCCUUCCCUCCCUCUGUGUGCGCAUGCGCGUUAGGCUCGGCGCUUCUUUAGUUCCGUGUUGUGUUGCUGUCAGCAGCAGAGUGAGGCGGAACAUCGGCGACGAAAACAAACAAAGAAGAAGAUCACGAAGAUGAAGAACAAAGUCUGUAGCACUCAAGUGAGUGUAAAGAGACGGUCCUGGUCCUGGCAGCAGUACCUGAACGAACAGAAAAGUGAAGCUGCUCCUCUGUCACUGUUUACACAGUCCCAGUCUGUUCCCAGUAGGAGAAAUGGUUUUAAAGUUGGGAUGAAGCUGGAGGGCGUCGACCCGCUGCAUCCUUCUAUGUUCUGUGUGCUGACCGUUGCUGAGGUGAUUGGCUGUCGGCUCCGCCUCCAUAUCGACAGCUACUCUGAGUGCUACGAUUUCUGGGUGAACUCUGACUCCGCAGACAUCCGACACGCAGGCUGGUGUAAAGAUAACAACCACAGGCUCCACCCACCCAAAGGCCUCAGUGAGACAGACUUUGAUUGGCAGCAUUACCUUCAGUCCACAGGCUCUCAUGCUGCUCCGCCGACCCUGUUCACCUGUCGCGCUGCCAGCUGUGGCUUCCAUGUGGGGAGGAAGCUGGAGGCGGUCGACAGGAAGAACCCGGGACUCGUCUGCGUCGCCUCCGUCGCUGAUGUCAUCGGAGACCGUUUCCUGGUUCACUUCGACAACUGGGAUGACACGUACGACUACUGGUGUGACAGCAGCAGUCCGUACAUCCAUCCUGUGGGCUGGUGUGAAGAACAGGGGCGACCUCUGACCCCCCCUCAGGGACACUCAAACCCAGAGAACUUCCUCUGGGAGGAAUACCUCCAGCAAACUGGUUCCACAGCCGCCCCCAGUUCAGCCUUCACACUGAGAGCUCCACACGGUUUCCAGGUGAACCAGAAGCUGGAGGCAGUGGACAGGAGGAACCCCAUGUUGAUCCGUGUCGCCACGGUAACGGAUACAGAGAACUACAGGGUGAAGGUCCAUUAUGACGGCUGGCCGCAGCAGUUUGACGUCUGGAGUGACAGCGACCACUGUGACCUCCAUCCUGUGGGCUGGUGCCAACGCACGGGACACCCGCUGGAGCCCCCCCCAGGCUCCUCCCCCACGUCCCCCUCACAGGGAGUCUGUCCCACUCGGGGCUGCAGAGGAGUUGGACACAUUAAAGGAGCCAAAUACACCGGACAUCACAGCGCUUUCGGGUGUCCGUACUCGGACAUUAACCUGCGUAAGGAGGUGCUGCUUCCCGAUAGGCUGGGGGGAGAGAGAGUCAUCACCCUCGUACCCGUCACCAUGUAUCACCACGGCAACCAGUUAGACAGAGGGGUGAGACUGAGUCAGACCUCCAGGAGAGACGGAUUGACUAUGCCCUCCACUGGCUCCACCCACAGACUGCCCCAACCAACCAAAUUCCUCCAUAUGAAACAGGAAGAGGAGGAGCUUCACAUCACACCAGCUGCAGAGUCCAGUCUGCAGGCCGCCCUCCACCAGUCAGUCUUCUUGUCGGCCAUGUCGGCGCAGCCCAGCCGCGACCUGUCUCUCUGCUGGGAGCAACACCGCAAACUGCUGCCUGGCGUCUCCGCAGUCCACGCAGAGAUGGUCCAACACUGGAGCGUCCAGGAGGUGUCAGACUUCAUUGAGUCUAUUCCUGGUUGUGAAGAACAGGCGAAACAGUUCAGGGACGAGCAAAUCGAUGGGCGGGCCUUCCUUCUACUCACCCAAAGGGACAUUGUCAAGAUUAUGUCAAUGAAACUUGGCCCCGCCCUCAAAAUUUUCAACUCCAUCCUUAUGUUUAAACACGCCGAGGACCGGAGCCAAUCACCCGCCGAGGAUUGCUGCCAAUCACAAUACGACACCACCUCUCUUCACUUUUCAUCCAAUCGUCGAGCAGGUUUUAGUUCCUGAUGAUCCCGUCAUGUGACGCUCAUCAAAAAGAAAGAAAGCAAGGACGAAGUUCACAGCAGCCCCAUUCCGCCACUGAAGAAAAUCAUUUUAAACCAGAAGAAAUACCUUCAACUGAAAAAACAGUUGUUUUCUAAUUGUUUGAACACACGAAUGCUGCCAGCUGAUUAGCUGCGACCUUAAAAAACACUAAAACACAGGGAAUCUUAUCCAUUUUGUGACAAUUUGUUAUGAAUAAUGUUUCUGGGUUUGUGAAAAUAUAUUUUUGCGGGAUGAAAAUAUUUUUGUUAACAACUUUAUAUUCACAAGAAACCAGUUUGCAGAACUAGAAAAAUGUUAAUACUUUCAGAAUGAAAAGCCAUAAUAUAAUAAUGAAAAUAUAUUCAUAACUAUGAGCUAAGAACUAUGAGAAGAAAUAAGAAAAUGUCUCAUGUUAACCUGAAAGGAUCUUAUGAAUACAUGAAUAAGCAUCUUUAAUUAUGAUAAUCUGAUCUGAUUAUGGUACUUGUUUUAUUAUAAGAUACAUAGAUGAACCAGAAGCUCUGCUACUCGUUGUUUAUGAAUGUAAGGGCUCGAUGACAUCACACGUGGCUCCGCCCCCACUGUAAUGACACUUUAAAGACAGCAAAAAGGUGACCUUCUCACCUCAGGAACUCAGGAUUCUACUUCUCAGAUUAUUGGAUGCUGGUCCGUCACUUCCUGUCACGUGACCAAUGGUAGAAGUCCCGCCUCCUCUGUUGGGAUUGGUCAGUUUGUGAAGGGAGACGUCAGCUUUAUAUUUACGUAUCAUCUGUAGUGUUAUGGAGAGUAUCUCAUGUAUCUCUAUAGAUUAUUUUAAAGUAUAUGAAUAGUUAUAUUUGUAUCUUUGUCCUGCUGGGAGUUUGCCCUGACUCCUCCUCCUCGAUGAUGUCACUGUGAUGUCUAAGAGGCGGAGCUCUGCUGCACUUGUCAGUGUGAUGUUUUCUUUGCUGUUUCUGUCAGUGUUCAUUAAGAUAAAUAAAGUUUCUUUGAAGCUUAAA